AUGUCCAAGGUAGAUGUGCUCAUUGUGGGAGCAGGGCCGGCAGGCCUAAUGGCUGCUGCAUGGAUGGCACAAGCAGACAUAGACACAUUGGUUAUUGAUAAGAAGCUCUCUCACACACACUUUGGUCGUGCAGAUGGCCUCGAAAGUCGUACCAUGGAGAUUUUGGACAGUUUUGGACUCGGUGAACAGAUUUGGAAGGAAUCCAACCAUACCAAUGAUUUAUGCCUUUGGUAA